AGCAGAUGAGACUCCACUCCCAACCCAACCAAGCCGUCUACUCCUCGAAGUCUUCCUUCCUUUCUUCCUCCGCCCCCGCGCAAAAACCUAAGGAUAAGCAAAGUCCUAAUCUUUUCGUCUCGCAAAGGUAGAUAUGUCGAGGAGUCAGAGCAAUUUCAAGCAGCAGCAUGAGUUCGAGCAGAGGAAGACGGAGUCGCAGUGGAUCAAGGAUAAAUACCCUGGCAGGUUUCCGGUGAUUGUGGAGAAGGCAGAUACAAGUGAUGUGCCAAAUAUUGACAAGCAAAAGUAUUUGGUCCCAGGAGAGAUGACAUUCGGGCAGUUUGUCCAUAUUAUCCACAAGAGUAUAAAUACGGGUGCAGAGAAAGCCAUAUUUAUGUUUGUAGACAAUGCGCUUCCACCAACUGGAAUUCUGAUGUCUCGGCUGUAUGAUGAUAAGAAAGAUGAAGAUGGAUUCCUUUACUUCGUUUACAGUGGGGAGAACACCUUCGGAUGCCAGAAUAUGCAGUAGAAUAUGCAGUGCAUUGUGCCACCAACAGUGGGGAGAACACCUUAGGAUAC